GAUGGAUGGAUGGAUGGAUGGAUGGAUGGAUGGGGAAAUGGAUGGAUGGAUGGAUGGAUGGAUAAAUGAUACCCGGACAAGGAAGCACAGAAGGAUGGAUUGGGGGCCGGCCGUUAUUACUUCUUUCCUUUGCUUGGGUGCGUGUUCCUUUUUUUGCAGCGGUGAGGGCUUGAGCGGUGAAGGAAGGGUUGAUGGAAGGAGUCGAGAUUGAGGUGGUGGGUUGGCUGAGGGCUACUCUCUGUAGAAUAUGGGAAAGGCUGGAAGCACGUGUUUAAAUUGACUGCUUGUUGGCUCAAUAAUGAGGUCAGGAUACCAGUUAAUCGCGCUAGAAUCGCAGGUGGGGCCCG